AUGUCUUCGAUCCACGACCUCGCCGCCGCUGCAGUCGCCGGCACUUCGUCCCCCGCGGGAGCGGGCGAUGACAGCACCGAGAACAAGAUGAGGGGCGCCUUCAUUGUGCUCGAGGGCCUAGACCGGAGCGGCAAGACGACGCAGGUGAAGCUGUUGGAGCAGAGGUUUGUGGAGGAGGGGAGGCCGGUCAAGGUGAUGAGAUUUCCGGAUAGAACGACGCCGAUUGGGCAGAUGAUUGAUGGCUAUUUGAAGAGCCAUGUCGAUAUGAGUGACCAUGCGAUUCAUCUUCUGUUUAGUGCCAACCGGUGGGAAGCUGCCCAGCAAAUCCGGGCCUACCUCGCCGCCGGCAUCACCGUCGUGUCGGACCGCUUCUACCACUCCGGCAUCGUCUACUCAGCCGCCAAGAAGAACCCGCACCUGCCGCUGUCCUGGGCCCGCGCCCCGGACACGGGCCUGCCGCGGCCAGACGUGGUGCUGUUCCUGGACCUGGACGAGGAGGCCGCGAGGGCGCGGGGCGGCUGGGGCAGCGAGAAGUACGAGAAGGAGGAGAUGCAGCGGACGGUGCGGGAGCUGUUCUGGGCGCUGAGCAUGGGGGGGAAGGACAUCAAGGGGCAGGACUUGCUGCAGCAGCUGGGGGGGAUCGAGGGCGCGUCGUGGAGGCAGGAUGAGGAGGACAUUGUGGUGGUGGACGCGAGCAGGGCGGUGGAGGAGGUGAGUGAGGCUAUCUGGAGAAAGGUGAGGGCCAGGGUUGAGAGGGUGGAGGCGGGUGAGAUGGGCAAGGUGGUGAGGACUGCGUUGUGA